UCAUAUAUACACCGACUAUGUUUUUUGCAUCAUAUAGGACAUUCUUACUUACAUUCUGCACACAAGAAAAGGCUAUUGAUCAGUUUCUCUCUUGAAAGAGUUAAAAUUCCCUCUCUUUGACCCCAAAUGAUAAUGAAAGACAGUUCCUGCUCUUAUUUUCAUCCCAAAGAAGGUGUUGGGGUAUGCCCUUUGUGCUUGAAUGAGAGGCUUCUUAUCUUAGCUUCAACCACUAGCAGUGACACCCAUAGAUUUGUUCAACCUGUUUCUCACAUAAAAUCUCCCAAGUUCUUUGCUUUUACCUCUCUUCUCAAUCGUCUUCAGUUCAAGCAUUCCAAAUCUCAAACUUCUUAUGAUCCUGAUGAUGCUGCUUCAACCCCUCAAGCAGACUCCUUUAUCUCAAUCAAGUUUGAAGAGGACGGUGUUGGUUCAUGGGAAACAGGCGAAGUUACAAAGGUCUCACUUGAGCACUGCACCAAGUCUUGGAACCCCACCACGACCCAGAAUCAAAGGGAGGCCAAUAAAAGUGUGGUAGAACAGGUCAAACCACGCGGUUUGCUUAGGUGGCAAAAGCGGAUAGGCCACUUGUUCCAACUCAUCAAAAGUGGAAGAGGUCCAGCAAGCCAAAAGUGUGCCACAUUGGCAGCAAGGUAGAGGGAGCCAAGGUGAUGAAGAGGGACUGAAUAAGGACUCUAACAAAGAGGACCAAAAAUAAAGAGUUCCUUUUUUGUUGUUAUGCUUUGUUGUAUAGAAAAGGGACGCAAAAGCUUUGUCCACUACUCCACUAUAUCAAUUUGUGUCAUCGGAUAGUGCUUUCGGCUUAAAGUUCAAUAAACUACAACUCACAAUAAUACUUGUCGAUGA